AUGACUAUUCACGUUUCCCAACGGAUUGAUUGCCUCAUCGAAUGUGACAAAGAACCAUGUUGCAGAUCAACCAACAUUCAAAAGAAAUCGAGUUCACACGAUGCUCAAAUUUGUGAAAUGCUACAUAAUGUGGUAUACAAUACUUCUGAGAAAUUGCUGGAAACAAACCCCUCUUUUGAUCAUGUGUAUUUAACAAGCUCGAAAAAGGUGAGGUUCAGUUAAUUAAUUAUUUCUUAAUAUCCCCAAAUAGUAUUUAUACAGUACUGUAUAUGUAUUUGGAAAAUAAAAAAAUGGAAUGCGAACUGUCAUGUUGAUGUCUAAUUCUUUGUAGUUUUUUACAUGCCUGGUGCGUUGUAAAUUUGGAGAAUCUCUUCAUUCUUUAAUUCCUCAAAAUGUUUACUGAAAAUUGAUUGAUAUUUUUUAUCAAAAUUAAUAAUUAUUCCUAUAAGCUUUGUUAUUUGAGUAAAUAUUCACGCGGAUAAGGUAUUCUGUUUCGGAAUCUCGCGAGCUUGCAUGGUGCCUUCAAUUUAACUGUUGCAUCCAGCAUUUAGGGAUUUUAAAAGCAAAGUAGAAUUAUAAUAACAAUAUUUUUACCUUUAGGACUACAAUGCAAGCUGCUUAUUCCCAAAAGGUUUGUAAAUGAAAGUUAUCUUCUUUUUUUAUAACGUGUAAUGUACUGAAAACACAUCAGGGCCUUUUUAAAAAAUUCGUCAGUUUGUGGGGGAAGGGGGGCCAUAAGGAAAAGGGACCUAUUGAUCUGCACUAGCCAGGGUCCUCAUGACGAUCGCAUAGUAUGAUAGGAGUGGGGAUCGGCAGGGUAUGUCCCCAGAACAUUUUAAGGACUAUUAACCUGGAAGUGCAUUGCCAGCAUUUCCAGUAAUUUUGUCUUCUAUUCUGUGGCUUUGAGGUUUGUCCGGCUUGCAGACCAUCAUAUCUUGACACACUAUGUUAAUAGCUAUGCUUGCGCUUAAAUACUUGUCUAACCUGUGUCACAGACCUUACAAUUGGUAAGGUCUUUGAUCAUAUGGCGCGAUUGCUUGUUCCAUGCAUAAAUUAAGUCCUCAGUUUUGGGGAUUAAAUUUAUUCAAAUUUGUCAUAAUAAAUUCGUUCACUCUAUCCACAUUUUAGGCGAUAUUGAACAUAUAUUGAUAUAUUACUCAUUCUAUCACUAAAAUAUUGUAUUGUUUAUACAUUGUUCUCAUUUUUAUAGCUUUUUAUUGUCCUAUAUACUUGCCAAAAUAUAUAUGAUUGUCAUUUGAAUUAUUUGUAUGGGUUAAUGUAUCAAAAUGUAAGUCAUUAAUCUUACGCGUGGGGAAAUCGGAAUUUUGUAUUCUCAUGGUCACAACAAAUUUAGGCAUAAAAAUGUUACAAUAUGCGAAACGCUAACCAUUUAUACAUAUUUGAAAUCCCUAGAACAUGACGAAUUUAAACAUGUUUGAAUAAAUUUCAUACAUGAAGUAUUUCGGAAGUUAAUAUCGAAAAACAUGUUGUCUUUAAAUGACUUAUGAUUAAUUAAUGCAUGAAUUAUAAUCCAUAUCAUAUAGGAAAUAUUACAACAGAUCGUGGAACAUUAUAUAAACGAUACGAUAUUUUAGUUAUAGAAUGAGUAACAUACAUGUACUAAAAUAUGUUCAAAAUCGCAAGAAAUGAACCAUUUAUUUAAAGUUAUUUUUCCGUUCCAGCUUGCAAAGACCCUAAAGCGUUAGGAAUGCAAAGUAGAAAAAUACCGGAUUCAAGAAUCAAAGCCUCGAGUGAAUGGACUAGAAACUGGGGUCCACGUCACGGUAGAUUACAUGGGAAGAAAUGUUGGAUUGCGGGCAGGUCACCAGACACCAACCAAUGGCUGCAAAUUGAUUUUAAAUAUAAAGCAACAGUUACAGAGAUUCUCACACAAGGCCGUCCUGACUAUAAUCAAUGGGUUAGAAGUUACACUAUUGCUUAUUCUGACGAUGGCGUGAAUUUUACAACGUACAAAGGGGAUAAAGGGCAGGAUGAGGUAACUAUCAUAUAUUUUUCAGUUCCACAGCUUGGGCAGGUUGUAGGAAAAUAGUUAAAAUGCCAUUUUGGGCAUCUCACUCGAUAGAACUAAUUGCAGAAAUAUUUUGUAAAUGGAAAUUUCGAGCGUAAAUUUUAUACAAUUUAGACCUAACCAGGAGCAGUUGCGAAAACCCUCUGGCAGAAAUUGAACCUGCAGUCCUGGGUUCGAAUCACAGGGCUGCAGGUUCGAUUCAUGCCAAAGGGCCAAUAUAUAUAUGUUAUUUACCGGCUGCGAGGUCCGUACUGAAAAAAUAUUUUCCCGAGGUCUCAGAAGCGUUUGAGGUCUUUGAAAAACUCACUCGUGGGUGUUAUGUCCGUGGGUGAUUAUACAGGGUGUCUAAAAAACGCAAUCCAACUUUAGCAUGCCAUUGUGCAUUAAUUAUUCUGUGCAUGAACGUAAGAUCAUGUUGUUCGUAAUCCAUUAUAGAGUGAGGAAAUACGAGUCCAAAUUGUUUGUCGAAAUCACAUAUUUUGACCGCUGCGCCUAUUUAAAGCAGCACUGUACAUAACAAAAGGAAGCACGAAUGUGUCACUUUAACAAUGUUCAUAAUAAUUGUGCUUACCAUUGGUAUUUUAUUGAAGUGAAAUUAAUCAACUUAAAUCCUAAAAACAGUAAAAAGACUAAUAGUUCUAGACCCAAUUCUUCAAACACCCUGUCGAACCAGGUUGCAUCAUGGGGUUCAAGUGGAGUACAUAGUACUGAUAUUUUUCAUGUAAAUCUUUAUAUAGAAAUAAAUAUUAGAGAAUGGAUUCAACAAUAUAUAAUAUAUAUUAUAUAAAAAUAAAUAUCUUCAUCAGCGAGAUAAAUUAUCACCUUACUUUACAAUCAUCAUGUUAUCAACCUCCAGUUCAUAUAUACUAUUUUUCAUUUGCAUUCAAAGAAUUUUGGGAGCAUUUUCUUGACGAACUUUAUAUAACAGACAGGUAUUUCAUGACUAAAAUUAUGUAUCUCUUUGAAACCAGGUAUUUAUAGGCAACACUAACAGAAGUAGUGUUGUGCGUCAAGAACUUUCACCCGUUGUUGUUGCACAAUUCAUCAGAAUACAACCAAAGACUUGGAAAAAUCAAAUCGCCAUGAGAGCUGAGGUUCAUGGUUGUCCAUAUCCACAUCCUAACAUUUUAAAAACUCUCUGGUUACUAGUAGCCUGCGUGCAGACAUAG